GGGGGAGGGCUCUUGAUCAGGCAACAACUAAGAGGGGUUUCCCUUCCUCCCACUCCCCCCCCCCCCCCCACACACACAAAAACAAACUUUUUCACUGUUUUUUCAAAUACAUUUUUAAUGUUAAUUUAUUGCAGAAUGAUCUUUUUUAAACUGUCUUAUAUUGCAAGUACAGUCUGACAUGGGAGUGAGUAUUUACAAGGAUCUGUAGAAGGACGGCAUGGUGCAGAACGGGCCACCCCUCACAUCACCAGAUGGAUCCAGUAAUGGGAACCCACCAGAGAGAUGUCCCCAUCCUCUGUAUUCCCAGGACUCCACACAGGAACAUCAGGAGAUCCCUCAGGAGGAUCAGGUAGAUGGAUCCAGUAAUGGGAACCCACCAGAGAGAUGUCCCCGUCCUCUGUAUUCCCGGGACUCCACACAGGAACAUCAGGAGAUUCUUCAAGAGGAUCAGGUAGUAAUACAACCU